AUGGCCACAGAGAUGCACUCGGCCAAGAACCUGCAGCUCCCGCACAAGGUUCCUUUCUGGCGACUUGUUACCAACCCUGGCGCGAUCACCCAAGAUGUGGCAGACUAUCCUUACGCCGGAUCAGGGACUGAAGAUGAUCCAUAUGUGGUUCAGUGGCUUCCUAACGAUUUUCGAAACCCUCUCCAGCUGAAGCCCGCUUUGAAAUGGCUCAUCACUGUCGUCGCGGCCCUCGAGACACUAGUCGUCGCUCUAGUCUCGUCGGCAUAUACUGGAGGCAUUAUUCAAAUCGAAGAACAAUUCGGAGCGACAACGGAGAUUGCGACUUUGGGUGUAUCACUCUACGUGCUCGGAUUCGCCUUGGGUCCCCUUCUGUGGGCUCCAAUGAGCGAGCUUUUCGGCCGUCAAUCUGUCUUCAUUACUACGUACUGCGGCCUGACCAUCUUUUGUGCUGCCUGCAUUGGCGCGAAGAACAUUGAGAGUCUGCUGGUCUUUCGAUUCUUGGCCGGUGCUUUUGGUUCCUCGCCGUUCACCAACUCUGGUGGUGUCAUUGCCGACAUGUUUAUGGCCCGCGAGCGAGGUCUGGCUCUGUCGGCCUUUGCAUUGGCCCCCUUCCUCGGACCUGUCAUUGGACCUAUCGCCGGUGGAUUUCUCGGUAUGGCCGCGGGAUGGAAAUGGGUCAUGGGCCUGUUGACCAUCCUCUGUGGUGUGAUGUGGUUCCUGGGAGCCGCAUUGAAGCCCGAGACUUAUGCCCCCGUUCUCCUACGUCAGCGCGCGAAGACUCUCUCCAAAUUGACUGGCCGGGUGUACUACAGCAAACUGGACAUUGAUCAGGGACGUGUCACUCUCAAGGCUGCCUUGAAGACUUCUCUCUCGCGGCCCUUUAUCCUUCUGUUCCGCGAACCUAUCGUUCUGCUGCUCUCAAUUUACCUUGCUAUCAUCUACGGAACCCUCUACAUGCUUUUCGGUGCAUUCCCAAUUGUGUAUGAGCUUCAUCGUGGAUGGAACCAAGGUGUUGCUGGUCUCGCCUUCCUUGGUGUUAUGGUGGGUAUGCUCUGUGCUAUCGCCUAUUCAAUUCCUGAAAAUUCGCGCUAUAUCAAACUCCUCGAUAAGGAGGGAGGUUACGCACCUCCGGAGGCCCGUCUUCCGCCGUGUAUGUUGGCCUCGCUUGCCCUUCCGAUUGGACUCUUUUGGUUUGCAUGGACCAAUUCUCCCUCUGUCCAUUGGCUUGCGAGCAUUGCUGCUGGAGUUCCAUUUGGAUUCGGAAUGGUCCUCGUCUUCCUCAGCGUCUUCAACUAUUUGAUUGAUGCCUACACCAUCUUUGCAGCCUCUGUCUUGGCCGCCAACUCCCUCCUCCGGUCCAUGUUCGGCUUCGCAUUCCCGUUGUUCACCUCAUACAUGUUUAAGAACCUGGGAAUCCACUGGGCAUCUUGUAUUCCAGCUUUCCUGGCCCUUGCAUGUGUGCCGUUCCCCUUCUUGCUUUACAAGUAUGGUCUUUCCAUUCGAAAGCAUUGCAAAUACUCUGCCGAGUCCGAGGCCUUUGUUCAGAGCAUCCUCCAGGGCAUGCAAAAGGUCACAGAGGAGCCUUCCGACAAGGAGGAACCCGAAAUUUACCACGCCCGAGAGCACGAUGCGACUUCGAUUUCCCAGGCAAAGGAACAGACUUCAGCAGAUGUCCACUCUGUCCACCGCACACUCUCACGCACAUCCACUCACACUAUACAUGCACACCGGGUCCCUACGUACGAGGCCAAUCCUUAUAACAUUGACCGUGUGCAUACCCGGGAAUCAUUUAGAUAA